AUGGCGAAAUCCCACAUGAAAUUGGGAGGAAUACCUGACAACCUGUCCCACUGCUCCGAAAUCAAAUCCAUCCUUUUACACCAAAACAAGCUUGUGGGUAGAAUUCCAAUCCAUCUUAGCUCUCUAUCAAAGCUUGUGUGGUUGAAUCUUGGCCGUAACAAUCUCAACGGCAACAUUCCACCAUCACUCGGUAACCUCUCGUCUCUUGUUCAUCUCUAUAUACCUGACAACAAUUUGGAAGGAAGCAUUCCAGAUGAGUUAGGAAGGCUAGUGAAGUUAGAAUUUCUUUGGAUUUUUUUAAAUAACCUGUCCGGUCUGAUCCCACCAUCAAUUUACAACCUCUCAUCCAUUGUUGGUUUCUCGGCGGUAGGUAACCUACUUCAUGGAAAUCUUCCACCCAAUCUAGGUCUCACCCUUCCUAAUCUCAAUUAUCUUUUCCUCGGCCAAAAUGCAUUUCGCGGACCAAUACCAGUUUCAUUACCCAAUGCUUCAAGACUUACUCAGGUUGAUUUUUCUUCUAAUAAUUUUAGCGGACCUGUGCCUGCAAAUUUUGGAAGAUUACAUGAUCUUAUUUUCUUCAAGUUAGCUGAUAAUAAGCUUGGAGGUGGAGAAGGAGACAAUGACUUGAUUUUUCUUACUUCUCUGAUCAAUAGUAGCUGUUUGGAAGUAUUAGAUGUGGUUUAUAAUCAGCUGAGAGGAACUCUGCCUGCCACCAUCAGCAAUCUCUCUACCCACCUAACCUCUCUAGGGUUAGGAGCAAACCCGAUAUCUGGAAGCAUCCCAACAGAUAUUAAUAAUCUCUUCAACUUAAAUAGAUUAUAUAUAUUUGAGACCUUUAUAACUGGCACCAUUUCUGUUGGUAUUGGGAAGCUUCAAAAUUUGGAGGGCUUGGUAUUGUACAGCAACAGACUUUCAGGACAAAUCCCAUCCUCCAUUGGCAACAUCACUGGCUUGGUUAGACUCACUCUAUUUCAAAAUCGUUUGCAGGGAAGUAUCCCUUCGAGUCUUGGAAACUGUCGUCGUCUUAAUGUAUUGGGUCUUUUAAGAAACAAGCUCAAUGGUACGAUACCCAAAGAAGUUUUCAGUAUUCCUUCGCUUGUCGGACUCCGUGUAGGUGAGAAUUCUUGGGUCGGAUCUCUACCGUUAGAAGUUGGUAACUUGAAACAGCUUAAUGAGUUGUGGGUUGAUCACAACAACUUGACAGGUGAAAUUCCCAGCGUGCUAGGCAAUUGUGUGAGUCUAAAGAUCCUCCAAUUAAGUAAUAACUUCUUUGAAGGAGUCAUUCCUCUGUCUUUGAGCAACUUAAAAGAUAUUAGAUCGCUAGAUCUUUCUUAUAAUAACUUGUCUGGGCAAAUUCCUAAAGUUUUAGAGAAAUUACCAUAUCUGCAGUAUUUGGACUUAUCUUACAAUGAUCUUGAAGGUGAAAUCCCAAUUCAAGGCAUUUUCAAAAAUGCAAGUGCAUUUUCAGUCCUUGGAAACAACAAGCUUUGUGGAGGUAUCCCACAACUACGGCUGCCGGUGUGCCCAAAGAAAGCCUCUAAGAAACAUGGAAGGUCGAUUUCUCGAAGAGUAAUAUUCUCCGUCAUCGGUACAGUUUUGGGUCUGAUUCUUUUAUUAUUUCUCUUUUCUACUCUUUAUUGGGCUAGAAGAAGAGCCCGCAAGAAGCCUUUGCCAGCCUCUUUCUUGGAGGGUCAGUUUUUAAAUGUUUCUUAUGCGGAUCUCUUUAAAGCAACUGGCGAAUUCUCUUCAGACAGUUUGAUUGGUGAGGGAAGUUAUGGUUCUGUAUUCAAAGGAAUUCUAGAUCGUGAUGAAACACUUGUUGCAGUGAAAGUUCUAAAUCUUCAACGACAUGGAGCUUCAAGGAGUUUCCUUGCUGAAUGUGAAGCCUUGAGGAAUAUCUGGCAUCGGAAUGUAGUUAAAAUCAUAACUGCUUGCUCCAGCAUUGAUUUUAAAGGAAAUGAUUUCAAAGUUAUAGUGUUUGAGUACAUGCCUAAUGGGAGUCUAGAGAAGUGGUUGCAUUCAAAUGUACGUGGGCAAUAUGAAACGCCGAGCUUGAACCUUAUUCAAAGACUACAUAUGGCCAUUGAUGUUGCCUCUGCAUUAGAGUAUCUUCAUCACCAUUGCAGCACGCCGGUGGUUCAUCGUGAUCUAAAACCAAGCAAUGUUCUACUGGAUGAUGACAUGUGUGCCCACGUUAGUGAUUUUGGGUUAGCAAAGCUCCUUUCUGAUGCUGCCAGUAAUACAUCUCAAGAUCAAACCAGCUCAACUGGUAUCAAGGGAUCCUUUGGCCAUAUUCCUCCAGAGUAUGGAAUGGGUGGAAAGGCAUCUAAAAGUGGAGAUGUCUACAGUUAUGGUAUCCUUCUUUUAGAGAUGUUCACAGGAAAGAGACCAACUGAUGAUAUAUUUAAAGACAGUCUAAGCCUCCGACAAUUUGUUGAGACAGCUUUACCUGAUGGAGUGAUAGAGAUUGUAGACCCACGGCUGCUCUUAGAAGACGUUCAACCUCUCAACAAUGGAGAACUAAAAUGCUAG